GAAAUGACGUGAAUUUGUAGGUGCAAUUAAACUGAGAUGAGGUAAAACAAAAAAUAAGAAAAGAAUAUGCUAUAGAUGGUUGGGACCGUAACAAGGGGUGCGAUGGAGAUGACCCCAUGAGAUGUGUGUAACUGCCUAUGAAAUACGUUACUUGUAUUCUCUCCGUUUUGGAGCGCUAAAAAUUUUGGUAGAACUACCGUAUUUGCGGGACAUCCCCGUUACAAGGGUUGUACAACGUGUCGCAUGGCACGAUGCGCUGAUUAGACGUGUGUGAGUAGGAAAGGACGAAUAGCGUAUUUUUAGUGAAAAGGGGCUAAGAAUGGAUCAUUUGCUCGUUAUAUCACGUAAAUGGGCGGGUCGUUUCGCUGCAGGUACUUGAUGUGCAAGCAGGUCUUGGCAGGAACAGAUUUACCUAAGGGAUGGGCAGGUCGUGUCAAACCACGUACAAUCUGAUUAGUGCACCGGAACAAUCACAACGAGAUAAUCACAUCUGCUGUACCAGCCAAUCACCAAAAUACCAAUCCCUGGCAUAAACAGGUUAUCAAUACAACAGAGAUGAAACACCACGCAUUUAAAAGGAUCCUUUACACACAACCACAUGUGUGAGCUUAGAUUCUGUGGCACGAAGCGGAAAACGAAACGAACUGAAAAUCAAGACACCAAUGAUAUAUUCUGUCCGUACUGUGCGAGCAGUACUAAGAGCGUGUGGCUCGUUGAUACAACGCAUUUAACGUUCUGUUUCUUCCCUUUGUACACGCUUUAUACUUCAUCGGAGUACGUGGGCUGUAAGAGCUGCUAUAAAAAACUUGGCGAUCGGAGUGUUAAAACAUGUGAACGGUGUACAAAUGUUAUAAUUGCGAGGUAUCGGUACUGUGGAAGGUGUGGAUUGGCUGUAGAACCGUGA